AUGCCUGCCUUUGAUGUCUUGAAGCUCAAGUCCAACGAGGGGACAGACUACAACGAACAGCUGAACCUUUUAUUCGCCGCAUCUGGCGAUCUCCGGAAUGCCGUAAAGACCAUUGCUCAGAUCCCCGCCGGCUAUUGCCAUACUGUCGACAUAACUCUAAACGACCUAGACCUUGACAUUGUGGCUCGCAACGUCAUUAUGCUUCUUAUUGCAUUGGUUGUCGACAACGCGGACGAGGCCGUUGACUGCAUUAUACAUGUGUGGUACUCUGCUUUAAUCCGCAAACAUCAUCUUGAAAUUUUACAAAAGAAGAUCCGUCCACUCAUCGAGGAUGUCUGCAAAAAGAUUGAGAAAAAGAAGCCUGAAAGCAUUCAAGGGAAGACGUGGAGGUUUGGACGGCACUCCCUGAGGCUUGUGCUAGUGCAGUCAGCUUGGAUUCGCCUGCUAUCGUACUUGGAUGUACCACUUGGCAUGGACAACAAGGGCGCCAACCGCAUACGCCGAGCAGUAACCCUCGCCGAGUCCAGGAAGGAUUAUCGUCACCGGAACUUGUUGCUGGACACACCGUCUCAUCGAGUCGCCAAGCAUCGGUUUUGGGAGGACGGGAUACUCCUCCCAUUUGGGCUGAGGCGCGAUGACUUUGUCGAGCCCAACCCGUAA